UAGAGGGCAGCACUGGUGCAGCGAGCGCAUUGUAUCACACACACACAGACAAAAUGAGUUCAAUGCUCAAGUACAUAUCCAGACCUUUCGCGAGAAAAACUUCUGCAAAAAUGCAUUACACCACUGGGGUAAACAUUAGACUUUUGCCCAGUUACAAAUGCUCGUUUGAAGAUCCAGUGCACGUGACCGUAAAUGGAUUAAAUCCGCAACAACGCGUGAAACUGCGCUCAAAAGUCACGGAUGACAAUGGCCUUGUUUUCCAGGCUUCGGCCACCUACGAGGCGGACGACAAUUGUCAGGUUGACCUCAGCCGCCACCCCUCGCUUGGUGGCAGCUUUACCGGUGUCGAACCAAUGGGCUUAUUCUGGGCAUUGAAAGCUGAUACGGAAGCCUGCAAGUUCGCAAAAACAGACGUGACGCGUCCUGCUCUUGUUGACAUUGAGGUUUUGAGCAACGAUAAAGUCAUCGCUCAAGCGACGAACGAGAGACACUGCAUGGCCAAUGGUGUCCGGAGAGUUCCUGUCACAGAAGGCAGGAUCAGAGGAACUUUGUUUCUGCCACCCGCCGGUACAGGACCAUUUCCUGGGAUUCUGGAUACAUAUGUUUUCAGAGGAUUCCCUUUUGAGUUGAGAGCUGCUCUUUUGGCAAAACAAGGGUUUGCGGUGCUUGCCUUGGCCUUCCAGGGUUACCAAGAUUUACCCAAAAGGGCUGAAAAAUUUCACCUGGAGUAUUUUGAAGAGGGUAUAACAUUUUUGCGACAACAGCCUGAGGUCAAAGGCCAAAAAAUAGGCCUAAUUUCCAUCUCAAAAAGUGGAGAUCUCGCUUUGUCAAUGGCAGCUUUUCUGCCUGGUAUAUCGGCUACUGUUUGGAUCAACGGAUGUAAUGCCAAUACUUUGGUCCCUGUGUACUACAAAGACAUGUGCCUUCCACCCCUGCUGUUUGACAUUGCAAAAGCAAAAAUAACACCAUCAGGCAUGCUAGAUAUUGGGGAUGUUAUGCAUGACCCCAUGUCCAAAGAAGGGCUCCCUAGUGUUAUACCCAUUGAGUGCAACACCGGUAACUUCAUGUUCAUAAUGUCAAAAGCUGACAGAAAUUGGCAAAGUGCGUAUUAUGCGAGGCUAGCAUGCGACAGAUUGAAAGCACAUGGGAAAAAUAACUAUGAGCUGGUGGCAUAUGAAAAGGCUGGUCACUUCAUUGAGUUGCCCUAUAUGCCAUUUUGUGUCGCAAACUUUCAUGGUGUCGCAAGCAAAGUGGUUUACUUUGGUGGGGAGCCUAAGGCCCAUUCCGAGGCACAGUUGGAUGCAUGGCCAAAGAUUUUGAAUUUUUUUAGAAAACACUUAGGAGCUACUAAUCAAAGAUCUAUGCUUUGAAAGCAGGGGUAUAUAUAUGACACUAAAGGGAGAUCAAGACCUGCACCCUUGUUCUAUUAAGAUUCUGAUUGUAUUUUUCUAAUAUAUUAAGUCAUUAAGAAUUAAUCAAGCCAGUGUUUGAUUAUGUAUCAUUUGCUUCUAAUCACUGGUUUUAUUAUUUAUACAAAGUAGUAUGCGUUAUCUUUGGAUAUUAUUCAUACUACCUUUUCAUAUUUGUACACUAAACUAAAUCUCAUAGAGAUUUGUUAAAAUACAAAUUGGUGUUAGCUUCAGUGCUCAAAUUGAAGGGGGCCUGGGGGGAUCCGGGACCCCCCAUAAGGUAUUAGGGACCCCCAUAAGAAGUAAAAAAUAGACUUAGGGGUACCCUCAGAUAUUUUUAUUUGAGUAAAAAUGAUAAUGACAAAUGUGAUUAAAUUCAUGCAAUGGAUAUGGUAAAUUUUGUGAAUUAAUUAUUUACAAUAAUUUAUAUUAAAUUUGUUUAUGGGCUAGUUGUCAUGUCUCUUUAAAUUUUCAAUGCCCCGCCCCAGGUCUAUAGACUGCUAAGCGCAGGACAUAGUUGACAUGACUGCUUGAUUGGAGUCGCUCCGGUGAAGCUAACUUCAGCUAAAAGAUGGAGAAUAAUAAACCUCCACUCGCAGUCGGGAAGAGGAAGCUUCUACUUUUUUGAGGGGUCAUUUUCUCUCUCUAUAUAUCUUUCCACUAUAUUUAUCAACUCCAUGUCGGGGCUUUUGUAUUCCUUGCGUAAAUUAUUAUUAGGCCUGGUUCAGGGGUGCUAGAUAUCGAUGAAGAUGAGUGACAGCUUUUUAGUUAUUAUAAAGGGAGUGCUCGUUGUGCGGUUUCUGUGCUAUAUAUAAUCCAUUCAGAAAUGUAUAAAACUUGUUUUUCAUGCUGCUAAGACCAAUGGCCACAUACACACUGCAAAGUUUCGGGAAUUACAUCGGCAUUCACUCUUGAAAUAGCUAUGAUUGACAUAUUGAUAGCCAUAGUUAGUUCCUGAAUAAAGCAGACUUUUGGACUGAAAUGGUUGAAUAGUCUGCUGACUGACAGACUCACUCAUAUCAGUCCCUUGCUGCCACCUACUGAACUAUGUAAACUGCACUGAAAUCGUUGAAAAAUCCCCACAACACUAACACACAGACUGACAGCCGGUCUUGUCACAAUUUAUAUUUUUAAUAUCGAAUAAACUAGUUUCUUGCAUUUAAACAAGUCUUUUGGAACAAACAUUAUUAUCACAAAGUGUCAAUCAUCCAGUUGUUUUUAGGGAAAAUAGUAAAUACAUAAUGCUAGAAUUAUUCUGUUGGACGUACACUACUGUUCAAAAGUCAUUUCUGUUCACCAAGCCUGCAUUGAUUUGAUCCAAAAUACAGUAAAAGAAGCCUGUUUUUAAUAAAUAGUAUAUAGUUAUGCAUAUUAUGAUCAAAUAUAUUGUGUAUUUUGUAUAAAUUGUAUAUUGCGAGACUAACCCCCACCCCCACCAAAAAAAAAUCUUAUGGUGGGGACCCCCAACAUCAAUUCGAGCACUGGUUAGCUUCCUUCCUGUUUUUGCAUUCAUUCACUCACUUAAGGUCCAUUUUGUUGUACAGCCUCGAGUCUCCUUUUCACAGCAGCCUUGAGGAUCUCUUCAAUCUUAAUAGAGUGAAAAUGUGGGUUAUUUCUUGAAUCUUUUUGAUUUAUCAACAUGUUUCUUCUACAUGAAAGCUGAUGAGAUCCUCUCUUCACACACCCUCAGCGGUACUUACAGCAGAUAUUUUAAAGAGGACUUUGACAUCGACACACUCCAUCGGCCAUUGCGUUUAACCUGGACCGGUUAGAGGAGGCUCUUCCUGUUGAUUAACUGGAAUAGAUUCAUUGUUUAUAUAGAAAGGGUUACAAUCAUUUGCAGUGCCAUUGCCCGGUAUUGAUCAUUGUAAUUUGUGAGAUGAAUUUUUGAAUGAGCAGGCCUGCCUUCUGCUGUUUGGAGUAGAAUUGGAGAGAUACAACACGAAUUCUGCAAUUGUUGGGACGUUUUUUUAUUUUAUUUGAAUAAAGUGAAAAUUAAAAGACUUCUAAAUCA